ACCAAUAAUAUCAGGAGAAAUAUCCUAACAAAAGCAUAAAAUUAUAUUUACAUAACGUAUAAAAUAUAUGCAAUACCUUUUUAUUCGCUACUUGAAUAUUUAAGACUAUUUUAUAAUUAUAAAAACAAACGGAUAAACUUUAAGCAACACUAUGCAUCUAGACUCUAUGAUUUCUAGAGAAUCAGAAAAAAAUUACAAAAGAAAAAAGACGGAACAAAAAAGAUGUGAGGUAAUUAUUUGCAAAUUUCAAACAUUAGAAAUAUUAUUCGAUAAAAAAUUAAAGUAGUAGAGUAAAUAUCGUUAAAAAAAUCAAAACAAAUAUUUGAGUAUCUUAAGACGAUUUUAUAAUUUUAGAAACAAAGGGAUAAACUGUAAGCAACACUAUGUAUAAUGCAUCUAGACUCUAUAUAUGAUUUUUAGAGAAUCUGAAAAAAUUACAAAAAAAAAAGACUGAACAAAAAGGAUCUGAGGUAACAUUUUCAAAUACUAAAAUCAGAAAUAUUUAUUCGAUAAAAAAAAAACCAAAGUAGUAGAGUAAAUAUCGUUAAAAAUCAAAACAAAUAUUUGAGAAUCUUAUGUAGAAACCGAAUAAAAACUACAACCCAACACAACAACACUAUAUUAGUUAGUUUCUUUCGCGCAAUCUACGACUCAUCAUAUUUAAACAAACCAAAGAGAACCUCAUUAUUCACUUGAUUGAAGCUUUUUUGUCAAACGAAACUCUCCUCUUGGAUUUUCAAAUUAUGAAUAGAAAUCAGAAUUUUCUAGAGAAGACCGCAAACCGUGUAUGUUUUUUUAAAAAUAACAGAAAUCCUUCAAUAUUCAUGACCCUUCUCAUUAGUUCUUUUCAAACUUUGUUUCAGAUCAAGGACGAAAUCGAAAGAUGUAUUAAAAAAUAUAUGAAUUUGGAACAAACCAUUACGUAUCUACAUGAAAAAUACCAUAUUCAUCAUGUUAUCACUAGCGCAAUUUGGGAACGUCUUCAAGAAGGUAAUCCAGAUUUCUUCGAAGAAUACUACAAACGAUGCGAGGUUGCUCGUCAAAUAGCUGCAUUCAACGACUUGCUUGCUCAACAAGUAGACCUAAUGCACAAACUUAGAGAAAUUGAGCUUAGUAACGUUGCACCAGUCACACAACUUCAGCAACCUAUUGAUCAAUGUCAUCAUCAUAAUGAUCAAGUUAAUCAUCAUCACCAGCAUCAUCACCAUCAAGAUCAUAUUUAUGAUCAGUGGAUUGCAUCUAAUGAUUUUGCUUAUAUAGAGAACUCAGUCUCUUCUCUCAUUGACGCGUCAUGGAUUGCUGCACCACCACAAUCAAAUAUUUUUAAUUACGGUACUGAUUUUCAAGAUAUGAUGAGUAUAGAGCAAUUCACUAGAGAAUUAGAUCAACAACAACAAAUAUUGCAGCUAAAAUCUCAGCAACCAGAACAUCUAACAGAUCAACAAGUAGAAUAUUGUCUUCAGAAACAUGAUUAUACGACAUUACCUGUGCAACAAGUGCCUCAUCAGUCUCUGGCUUCUUUGAACAGUCUUGAUUUUGCAGGUGAUGGAUUCACCAACAACAGCGGCUCAACAGCAACAACAGGGAGUGACGCAACAAAAGAAACUCGCAAAAAGAAUCAGUAAUGGUCUAAAUGACCUUUUCUUGUUUCCUUUAAUUUUCUUCUUUUGGUCUGUUCCUUUACUUCAGAACAUUUAUAUGAAAUAAAGGGAGCUGACAAUAAAGUGUAGAUAUUACGGGCAUGCAUAUUUUUUCUAGCGUUUGUGUGAAGAAUUAAAGAAAUAAUCCGAUGUAGAUUAUAAUUUUUCUGAGUUGUUGGAUUUCAAGAGUGAGGUUGGGAACAAUGAAUAGCAUUGCUUCUUGGGUUCCUUAACGUUCUUGCUCAUGGACUAUUAUGAUAGUCGAGGGGUGGGUUAAUCUGAUCGUAUGGCCAUUCACAAUGACGAGUCUUCUGUUUAUAAAGGAUGAUGAAGGACCAUUCAACUUGACUAUCUUUCCCUAAUGAAUAUGAAAAGCAAAAACUUAUUUUGACCUUAUUCCCCAUUAAAUAACACAUGAAAUGUAUGUGGAUCUUUAACACUCAAUCAUCCAGAGACCAAGAACAUCACAAAAUCAUUGAUGGACACCAAAUUCAAAAAGAAGUUCUUAGCAAUCAUAAUAUGACCUGUUAGAUUACAAGACUCAAGUUGGGAGCAAGGGCAGUGCUUCUUAGGUCCUUAAGGAUCUUGCUCAUCAACAAGAUGCAGAUCGAUUCAUUCAUACACAAGAUAUUUGCGAAUUUCAGAAAACAAUGGUUACAACUUGACCAAAUGUUUGGUCCUACUUGACCAUAACUCCCCAGUCUUGGUGACUCAAAGGUGAAACGCUGUCGUAGGGAGUUUAAUCAAAUGAUUUCAAGAUACUUAAUCCCACAUCGGAAGAAACAAGUUUUCCCUUGUUAUAUAUAUAAGUUUAGCUCACAACAACUGUACGUCGAGCUUAGUAACGCAGGCUUGUGAUCCAAGUGGAGACUACAAGAUGAUGGGACAUUGAACCGAUCUCUUUGGGCCGGGUUCGGGUUAGGCUAUCUACUUGCUUGCCCAUUCCAAGUUUGGAGUUGAGGGUUUGGACUCGAGCGAAGGCUUGGGGUUCAACCUCUCUUAGAGCGGAGGAGACUGCGUGAGGCUGGUUUCACAGAGCAGCGUCACCUCCCGCUUUCAACGGUGGAAGGAUCACGAGACGGUGCCUUCCGAGCCCACUAUGACCCAAUAAGCCGGCUCCGAUUGGGACCAUCAUCUUUUUA